AUGAAGAAGGGCGAAGGGGUCGUCGUCCGGCCGACAAAUAUCGGCGGCGGCGGCGGCGGCGGCCAGCAGCACGCUGCCGUCACGCGGGCGCUUCUCUCGAGACUGUUGGCCCUCGUGCCGGAGGGGAUCGGGGACGAGGAGCUGGGGGCCGGCGUUGUGGAUGCCCUGCGCGCGAUCGACGACCCCACUCACGACGAAGAAGGGGAGCGCGGCGACGGCUCGUCGACCGGCGCCCUGGCCGCCGGCGGCGGCGGCGGCAGAGGCGAGAGUAUUGAAUGUCCGGAGCCUCUGCCCUCUCGUGGGGCCGCUGCUGUGGCGAAGGAGGAGGAAAGGGAGAUCCGUCGCUGCGCGGUUCCAUCGAUAGGCGGUGGCAGGAGCAAGGGCAAGGGCAAGGGAAAACCAGCGGCAGCGAUGACGAUGACGGCGACGACGUCGAUAACGACCUCCGGCGGCAGCGGCGGCGGCGGCGGCAGUAGCGGCAGAACGCCGAAGUCCUCGCCGCGGAGGUCGCCCACCGCUGGGGCACUCCCGCCAGAGGCUGCCCCCGCCGCCGCCGCCGCCGCCACGCCUAAUGGUCUCGGCAGUUGGAUCCCCUCCCCCAAGCGGGGUUUCGAUGAUAUCAUGGCCGAAGCAGCGGCGUCGGCAGCAGGUGGCGGCGCGACGCCGGUGCGGGAAGCGACCGCCAUGGUCGCGGCGGUAGCGUCGGCGGAAGAAGUGCUGGAGAGCGUCGCCCCCGCGGUGGCGGCAGCGGAGGCGGAGGUGGCGGCCGUUCGGAUGGGAGGAGCCGCCGCCGCCGCCUCCGCGGCGGCGGCAGCGGCGAGGGGGGCGAUGGCGGCGGCCAGGCUGGCGGCAACGGCGGCCCUCUCGGCGGUGCAGCACUGCAACUCGGACGAACGCGGAGGUGAUGAUGGCGGUAAGUCGGCGGCGGUAGAGCUGGAAAGAGGCGGCGGCGACCGCCGGGGGGAUCUGGGUGUGCUCAUGGCGCUGGCGCCCAUGCUGGAGGAGCUCACGGACAGACAACUACGGGACUACGGGCUACAGGCGAAAGCUGCGGAGAAGAGGGAAGCCGCGGUCACCCUUAACCCUUCCAGGCCCGGCAAGCGAAAGCUUGGACCCGCCGCAGCCAAGGCACGGGAUGCGCAGACCAUGCAGCUGAUGGCCAAGAUGGUGAAGCCCCUGAAGGAUGCGGCGGGGAGGGUGGAGGUAGACACGUCGAUUCCGACCUUCCUGGAGAAGAUCAACCCCUUCUCCUCGGACGGCGAGAGCUUCAACUGCGCCUCGUGCAACGAAAGGACCCUGGAGCAGCGCGAGCGCAUGUCGAGGUCCCAGCGGAGCCACGGGGUGUUCCCCGCGUCCAUGUGCGACUGCAAGGAGCCGUCUUGCCGACAGUGCCACCUCUGCGUCGCCUGCGCCUGCGACUGCCACGAGCGGUUCCAGCUCCGGUACCGGUUCGAGCACCCUGGCGGAGCGACGUCUACCUCCCAAGAGCUGCCUCUUGAUUCCGCCGCCGCCGCCGCCGCCGGUGCCGCUGCUCCCUCCAGCCGCCGAGGGGACGUAGUAGCCGGAGGAACUACGGCGGCGGCACCGGCUCUCGGCGGAGGAGACACGUCAAAACCGGGGACGGGCGGGGAGGCAGCAGAGGUUCCACGCAAACGUCAUCGCGGAGAGGCAUCUUCGCGAGGCGGCGAGAACGGCGCUCUGCUCAAGCAACCGCCGCCGCCGCCGCCGCCGCAAGUGGAACGGGGUGGGGGCGGUCAAGGUGGACCGACCGCCGCCGCCACCGCCGCCGCCUCCGCAGGAGGAAAGGGAAGCGUGAACGGGAACGCGCCGGCGGUGGUGACCGCCGUGGCUGCCGGCGACGACGAGAAGAAGAAGGCGGCGGCGGACAACGGCGGACCUCCGCUGUUCCUGAAGAGAAAUGUGAGGCGGGUGGAAGGACUCAAGCCUCCGGCACGGUUUCCCCGGAAUGAUGAUGAUGACAAUGACAACGACCCUAGAAAGAAAAGAACCGCAAGGCGGGCGGGAGGAGGACUCAAGCCGCUGGCAUGGCGUCCCCGGAACGAUAUUGAUGACAGCGACAACGACGUUGGCGGUGUUGGUGGGUGUUCCGACGGUGGCCGUCGACCCGGGGCCCAUUCUACCGCCCUGCCCUCCACUGUUGCUUCCGCACCGACCUCAACCGUUGCCGAUGCCGCCGCCGCCGCCGCUGCAGCAGCAGCAGCAGUAGCAGCAGCAGCAGCAGCAGCAGCGGCGAACGGGACGUCAACAUCACUUGUUAGCGUCGCUGCGAGUGCCGAAGGAGUCGAAACGGGUGGGCCGUCAGCGACGUCUGCGGCCAAAAGGAGAAGGGGGAACGGGCCUGGGGUGGCAGUCGUGGUGGUACCGGGAGGAAGAGGCGAAGGCUGCAGCGGCGGUGGCGGCCGGGAGAAGAGACGCCCGCAUGCAGAGGCCAACGAGAACGGCAGGAGCGAGGCGAGAAACGGACCUGCCGCAUCGUUGCCGUAAGCAGUGGCGCGUCGAAAACCACCGACUUCUUUCGUCCGAGGUCUGACUUUCGAGACCAGGGAUGCAUACCACCAUUCAUUCAUGCGAAGUCCAUCCAAGGUGGCGGGACAAAGACACCCGUUGUGAACGGCCGGGAGGGUGAGCCGACGAGUUAUAAGAUUGUGGCAUCAUGUCUUUUUGCGGGGCAAUCCGGGAGCGCUCUUCGAGAGGAGGCUCGUGGAGGCCGGAGAGAGCGAGGUGAAGGCUUUUGUCGGGGGCGAGUUAGAAGAGAAGUUGGCCCGUUCGGCGAUGGGACAACUGGAUCCGGAACGACGGCCUUCAGUUAUUUAGUGGCCUGGGGUUCGCUUGAUACGUCUGACUACAGUUGCGUGCUUUUGUAGCACACUCGCGCCCGCCGCGAAAGCGAUAAGAGGCUCGACGUAACGACGAAGGCGCCGAUGGCGUUGCGAAACGUGGAGGGAAGAUGGGGAAGCAGCCAUGGGGAUUCCCGAUACACGACGUGAUGCGCGUUCUUGGUAUUGUGCUCUUGCUUCUGUGUUUUGGUUGAUUCAAUUGGUGGGGUGUUAGUAGCAGUGGUCGGCGUCUUGCACCCCUCUUUCUCGAGAAAAGGUCAUCGUGCUGGGUAUGAAAGAGGUCCGACAGGGCGGGUCGGAGGAACUAAGGGUUCCAGGCGUAGUUGCGAGCGAAGUCCAAGGUGUACAUUUGCUUGUCGUGGGCUACGCUGUGUGCUUGUAGUCGCUACGUGUAGUUGGACGAUUGGGAUGUACACGCCUAGAUGCUCGUCGGUAGUCACUGUUAAAUGUUGCCAAGUCGCUGU